GAGCUCCGUGCCACUCGCCGCAGGCCGGUGCCAGCGCAGGAUGCCACCACGCUGCCGCCCAGCACGCGUUUGCUGCUGAAGAGACAGGAGGUGUCGGAGCUGGAGCGGGCGCUGCAGAGCCAGAGGGAGUGUUUUGUGGAGCAGAGCUCCUUCUCGGCCAAGUGUCCGGUCCAGGGCAGCUGGGGAGGGGGCUCGGUCACCACGAGGAGCAGCCAGCGGGCGCGUCCCCAGCCCUGUGGGGGCUGGCACCCCCCGGCAUCCCGGUGUGGGGCGAUGCCCUCGGCACCCGCCGAUCCCGCAGGAGUUCGGGCAGAGGAUGGAGCGCCUGGCGCAGCGCCGGCAGCGGCUGGCUCAGCGGAGAGAGCAGCUCCAGGAUGUCAUCCUCAAAUUCGACGCCUUCCUCAAGGUGUUGGCGGCGAGGCAGGAGCGGGCGCUGCGGCGGGCAGACAGGGCACGGGCGCAGGCGGCAGAGCGGGACGCUGAGGUUCUCCGCCUGCACCAGGAGCUCAUGGGGCUGCUGCGGCACAGGGACCACCUGGCCCAGCGCCUGCGGAGCCUCCGUGGCUUUGGCGAGUACCUGCAGGGUGUGGUGGCCACGAUGGGGCAGUUCCAGGACGUCCCGGCCAUGUUGGCCUAUUUUGGGGCGCUGGCGGGGGCACGGGCACUCCUGGCACAAGAGGUAGAAGCCAGGCAGGAGCAGCUGGCGCAGGGCCGGGCACGGCUCCGGCGGUACCAGGAGGAGGCCAGCAGCGAGCUCCUGUGCGCCCACGAUGAGCUGGCCCGGCUCCACGCACAGCUGGAGGCUGCGCACCAGGACGUGCGCCAGCAGGAGUCCCACUGGGCCCACAUCCAGAGCAUGGCCACCCAGAAGACCCUGCUGCUGGGGCAGAUCAAGCUGGCGGUGCUGAACCUCUUCCAGCUCGCCACCACGCAGCUCAAGAUCCCUGUGGAUGCAGCCCUGGAGGACACCGAGGCCCAGCUGGACAUGGUGCUGCUCUGCAUGCAGGACCUGUCUGCUGUCUGUGCCGAGCUGCGCCCUGGGCAGCCAGGGCUGCGUCUCCCACGCUUGCCUGUUGCCACCAGCCAUGGGGGUGCCAGGGUGCCUCCGAGCCAGGAAUAACUCCUGGGGACAACUGCCUGCACCUGGGGUUGGGGAGAGGCUGCCAUGGCCGGCACAGGGCCGCAGGAACCCCCCGUGGUUCCCCCUAAGUCUAGAAACACUCACGAUGAGAAGCGACAUGGAUGGCAGUGGAAUAGCACACCAGGCCAUUGGGGCAGGGGCCAGGGACCCCAGGGCAGAGCCCAAACCCCUGGGUAUCCCUGGCAGUGGGACGUGGCUGCUGUGGAGGAAAGCGGGAGCUUGUGCUUGU